AUGGGCGGCGUGUUGCGGCCGGGACUCUCGUUGUUGCUGGACGAGCUCUGGCUCCGACCCAUGCUGAUGAUCGAGGGAUACAGGCCGCCGGCUGCGCUGGCACUGUGGUUGUUUAUGCCGUUCGGCGGCAGCGACGAUUGGACGGUGCCGAUGUUCGGGCUGCUGACAUCGUCAUUGCCGUACCGCUCUGAAAUAUAUCACCGAGAGGAUCACCAGGGAGCCGAGGAACACAACGGUACACUGGGUCCGGGAGACACCACCAACUGGGUGCUCUGCCAUGACCGAAAGGCGAAAGGACACCGUGGAAGGGCCACGUCCACCGUUAAGCAGUUUGGACUUUUGGCGUUGGGCCAUCUAUCAUGUCGCGGCCACAGCUGCAACCACCGUCAUCCGCAUCCCCAUCCAAGAGCUGACAGCAAAAGACGAGACGCUUUACUAUUAUUGCCACAGUCCAUCAAUUUCACUGGCGGUUUCGCAUGUUGCUGCGACGUAUCAGGCGAUCCGUGA